CUAACAUGCUGCCUGUGAGAAAAAGAAACUAUCUUAAGUGGUCUUCAGCUGAACUAAAUUCUUUGCAGGACUUCUGCUGGAAGCUGCUGUUGGCUGUUGAAAUGAAAAGAAGAAGAAGAAGAAAAAGAAAAGGAAAUCUCAAGAGGUGUCAGCUGGUGACUUCAGGGUACCGCAGCUCUUUGUGUUAUAAAAUACUGGUUGCACUUCAGAGCCCGUUGCGCAUGAACGAUGCUCCUCUCCAACACCACAGGCUCUCUGACAGGAGCAGUGCCCCUCUCGGUGGACUUCGACAGUCCUGUGGAUUACUUCGUCUUUAUUUUCCAGAUUUUAUUCGCCACGGCUGCUGUCCUCAUAGCCGGAACAGUAGUUAUUGGCAUCUCGGCCACCAGAGCGCUCCGCCUGCAAAACAGGUUUAUUUUCAUGCUGAACACCAGUAUUUGUGACACGCUGGUUGGGUUUUCAGUGUUUUAUCUGGGUCUGUUUGACGUUCAGGAGGGAUAUCCGUCUAGAAACGGCACUUAUUAUGUUUUGCCGUCGCUUCUUGGGAUAAACAUAAUGACGUUUUUAUUUGCGCAAUUUGACCGGUAUUUUGCGGUGUGUCAUCCAUUCAUCUACAGCCGCUUCAUAACAAGACAGUUUGUGAUUUGCAUCAACAUCUACUGCUGGCUUUAUAACUUUGCUCAUUUGCUCGCCAGGAAUUUGAUACCACUUUCCAAAUCGAUACAGCUGUACGUGUUCAGCAUCGUGUUCUUACAACUCAUCGUGCUCACCAAAGUGGUCAUGACUAUUAAACUGUAUGUUAUUGCCAGGUACCAGGUCGAGAGAGACCCUCCCAGCGCCGAGAAAGACAGCAAGAAGGAGUCAUUAAGAAUCAUCAUUUUUGUUGUCAUAAGCUUCUUGGUGUUGUGGUGCCCCGCUUUUGUUAACAUCAUCAUCAGGUUUGUGGUUGGAGGAGGGCUGACGUUUAGAAACGAGGCCACUAACCCCUUCGCCAUCCUGGCUAGGAUGAACGCUGUGUGCACCCCGGCGGUGUACCUGUGGGGGAGUCCGGCUCUGAGAGAGGCCACGGUGAGGACCGUGUGGGGCAGAGUGUGUCCCAGAUGCAGGAGGAGAUUGGGCUCCUGUCACCGCAAGGACCAGAGCAAAGGUGAUGGAAAUAACAAGAACCGGAGGAGUCCAUUCAGCAAGUGGUUCUGAUCUCUCCCUGUCUGUCUCUGUCUCCGUCUCUCCUUAUAAACUAAAUAGGAAUUUUAUUAAAGCACUUUCUGUUCAUUUCACGACUUAGGUUGCAUAUAGUAACAGUAACAUGUUAUAACAUAAAUGCAAGAAUGACGAUCAAGUGGUAUAUUUCAACUACAUUAAAGUUUAUUUAUCUAACUGUAUUCAUGUUUAUUGUGUAAUUUUUUUGCACCUGAAGGCGAGCUUGAUUAAAAAAUGUUGUUUUAUAUUUCUCAUAGAACAGGUUUUGUUUUGCUUUAGAAACUGAGCAAAUACAUCUAUCUUUUAUCUAAAUGGAAACCAGCUAAUUUGGUUGCACCCCAAACUUACAGCUGUGUUAAGUGUGAGCUGUCACAUAAGUAAGUUGAUCAACUGUUAGUGAGGAGAAAUAUGUGAAUGCAUGAUACUGUAAGUCAUGGCAGGCAUUAGUAAAGCAUUGUUUAAGUAUGUGAUCUGUGCCCUUGUUAUAAAGUGACAGCAGUUAAACCACCUGUGAAGAUCGCUACUGUUUGUUACAGUUCUUCCAUUUAUUAACUCUAAAUAGAAGGAAUGCAAAGCUUAAUAGGUUCAUAACUUGAACAUUUAUGAUUAAAGGUAUUUGUCAAGGUUCAUUUUAUAAUGGGCAGUGAAAAAACAUCACAUGAGCUGUUCGAUAAAGCACUUGCCUUUCAAGUACACAAAUAAUUCAUGCAGUUUGAA